AUGGAUUCUGCUGCAGAUCUUCGAGGGCGAGGUAGCUGGAGCUAUAGCGCAGCCGAAUAUCCUGUGGUCGCUGUGACGGCCUGCUCUGUUCUCCUAAUUCUAUGGGCGAUCGCUCAUAUCCUUUAUAACAUUUUCCUUCAUCCGCUCAGAAAUCACCCUGGACCAAAGCUCUGGGCCGCAACUCGCGUACCAUGGUGUUGGUAUCAGUACCAAGGCAUCCUACACGAGCGUUUAUUGGAGCUUCAUGUCAAGUACGGUCACACUGUCCGUAUCGCUCCUUACGAACUCUCCUUCACCUCAGACACGGCAUGGAAGACGAUAUAUGGACACAGAUCCGUGGAGAUGGACAAGGAUCCUGUUUUUCGCCUUCACACUCCUACUGGAGCACAGAAUAUCCUGGUGGCCGACCGCCAGACGCAUAUUCGCCAAAGACGACUGCUUUCCCAUGCAUUUUCUGAAAAAGCACUUAGGGAGCAAGAAGGUAUUUUACAAACAUAUGUGAGCAAGCUGUUGGAACAGCUAUCUUUGAGAUAUACUGCAGGACCGCUGAACAUGGUCGCAUGGUACAAUUUCACAACCUUCGACCUGAUAGGAGACCUGUCGUCUGGCGAAAAGUUCGGGUGCCUUGACAAGGGUGAUUACGUCCCCUUCGUCCGCGCAACGGAGAGGAUAGCAAAAGAGCUCACCUUCACCCAAAUGCUAAUCUACUUCGGCGUGGCGGGCGUCCGGCAAUUCUUCUUGCCCAAAGCUGUGGCCGGCCAGCGCGCUCAGAACAUGAAACGCGCAAUCGACACCGUGGAGCGACGAAUCCAACGGGACACUGACCGAAAAGACUUCCUCUACUAUAUCCUCGCCGCCAACGACGAGAAAGGCAUGAGCAGGGCAGAGAUCCAUGUAAAUUCAUUUUCCUUCAACAUCGCCGGCUCAGAAUCAAGUGCGACUGCUCUUUCCGGAAUAACAUACCACAUCCUCACCCGCUCAUCCGCCUACUCAGAACUCAUCCACGAAAUUCGCACCUCUUUCACGUCCGAAGAAGAGAUCACAAUCGCCAGCACCAACGACCUCAAAUACCUCGAAGCCGUCAUUUCCGAAUCUCUCCGUCUCUACCCGCCCGUCGCCGGCACCCUCCCCCGUGUCGUGCCCGCCCCAGGCGAGACCAUUGAUGGCAUCCAUGUACCCACCGGCACCACUGUCGGUGUCCACCACUUCUCUUGCUUCCGCCACCCGGCUAAUUUCCACCGCCCAGACGAGUUUCUCCCCGAGCGCUGGCUUCCGGAAUGCAAAGAUGUUCCGCCGUUUGACAAGGACAACAGGGCGGCGGUGCAGCCGUUCUCAUUCGGUCCACGGAAUUGUUUGGGAAAGAAUCUAGCACGAGCGGAGAUGAGGCUGAUAAUGGCGAAGCUGCUGUGGAGGUUUGAUUUAGAGUUGGUUCCGGGUGGGGGAGGGAGCGGGAAGGGAAUGGGAAUGGGAAAUGGCAAGAGUUGGAGGGAUGGACAGAAGGUCUGGGGUUUUUGGGUCAAGCCACCAUUGAUGUGUUGGCUGAGGCCUGUGAGUAGAGAUUGA